UCAGGGGCAACUUCCGAGCACCGGCGCGUUCACCAUACUUCCUUGCAACCUACCUACAACCACCACACCUGAACUCCAAGGUGAUGACCACAUCCAACACCAUACAUCACAUCUCCAGUUAUCGUUGCGCCAGGUCUUGAACAAUUCACAGAGCCUCCGCUCUGAAUCAUAACCCAGCAAACGAAUGUCACGAGAAUGCCCAUAAUAUCGGAGGAAGAAGAGGAGGAUGGCACGAUGCUGUCCCACCCUUCAGAAGAAGACAACCACGAUGAUGGCUCGAUAUCCGGAGACGAGGAUUCUUACGACGAGGAUGACAUCUCGGACGACGACGGCGACGACGAGCACCUCGCGCCCCCACCGCCCGUCUCGCAACAUACCUUCGCCCCUCCCUUCUACGGUCGCCCACCGACCCCUCUCCCACCCUCCCCCUCUUUAACCUCCCUGCUGCGCCCCUCGCGUCCCACUACCCCGGACGCCUCCGACGACGAGACAGUAGCCAACGGCGGCGGUGGGGGUCCAGAGGGCAGCAACGAGCCCCUCCCGCGCGCCAGCCCCCGCGUACCCACGUACGAGUACUACGGCUUCGUCCUCUACCUCUUCAGCAGCCUGUCGUUUUUGAUCUACCUACUGUGGGCCUACCUGCCUUCACCGUUCCUGCAUGCGUUGGGCAUCUACUACUACCCCAACCGGUGGUGGUCGCUGGCCAUUCCGAGUUUCCUGACAAUGACGCUGGUGUACAUCUACGUGGCGCUGGCGGCUUACAAUACCGAGUACCUCACACUGCCGUUGGGAUCGAUUGAGACGAUUGUGGAUGAGGCGGCGCAGGUGGCGGUGGUGGAUGGGAAGGGCCAAAUCAUUAGGCAUGAUAAGAAAUGUGGCAUCAAGGAGGAGAAGAGACAGUAUGGGCAUGGCUAUGGACAUGGGAGGCAUGGGUCGACGGAUAGGGAGGUGCUCUUACCUGGGGGAGGAUUGAAUUGGAGGGAGGUCUGGAAUGAAGGGACGGAUGCGGUGAUGGAUGUGCCACUGGCGGGAGUUUGUGAGGUUUUGUAUGGAGAGGGGAGGGAGAAAGGGGUGGAGAGUGAGGAGGAUGAGGAGGACUAUGAAGGAAAGGGGAUGUUGCAUAGUCCUGGGAAUGGACUGGAUGGCUCGAGAGUUGGUCGAUGGAGUUAACACAGGUUAUGAAGGUCCUGAGACAGGAUAGACACCUGAUCUCUGCUGUAUUGUUGUUUUGUCCAUUGUGAAAUAUGAUACCCAUUUGUUCUUUUUGGGGGUGGCAUAAUGCUCUGGGUGAAUCCGUUGUCGGUAUCGUAUACAGCUGAGAGUUCUACUUCCC